AUGGAAUUGCUACCAGAAGGUAAGAAAAACGCUGUUCAAGUGCUGUAUGAGGAUCAGCAAAAGAUCAACGAAUUUUCCAAGCUGAUCAUGAGAAAGGACGCCAUCAAUGUGGAAUUGGCACAUUUCAAACAGGAGAAGGGAUAUUUGGACGAUGUGGCCCUUGAAAUCGAGCUUAUCGACGAAGAAGAACAGAUCCAGUACAAGAUUGGCGAAACAUUUGUAUUCCUGAAGCAAAGUGAAGUGGCAGAACAGUUGGAAAAAGACGGUGAAACCGUGGAUGCCAAAAUCGAACAAUUGGAAGAUUCAGAGGCCGAUAUCGACUCUCGUAUCGCAGAGCUGAAAACCGCUCUGUAUGGCAAGUUUGGUGAUAACAUCAAUCUCGAGCGUUAA